CGCCACAGUCUUUUUCUCUUUCGCUCGGAAGUCUACGUGGACGUUUCCGGGUCACAAGGUGCGGAUACCGCGAGUCAUGUGAUACCAAGAUGGCGGCGCCGAUGUAGCUGGCUUUUGGUUGUGGCGUCCAAGCAGCUGGGACAGAUUUUGCCUCGGGUUGUGGGGACAGCAACGCUCGGUUGGCCUCUGCGGCGGCUUGCAGCCACAUGUUAGGCACCACAUCAGGGCCGAGACUGUUGUUGUCACUGGUGGGUUUGCAGACGUCCCGGUGACCUCGCUGUAGGUGCCCUGCGCCGGCUGCCCUCGCCAGGGGAGGAGGAGGAGGAGAAGGGCGGCCGGCCUCCCCGGUCAUCUGGACUUGCGGAGUUCAUGAGGCCUGGAGAGCCCUGGGGGAGACACACCUCUGAGGGGCCGUGGGAGUUUGCGUUUGCGGAAGUGUGAGAAGCAGCCAAGUACCCUUGAAGGCGCAAAGAAGGCAUAGGACUUCGCUUCCUCCUCCAGAGUCGUGGCUUCCCUGUGUUGAUUACCCCGGCCUUCUUUUUUCACUUCCUCUCAAUGUUCUCUCCGUAUAUCUGGAAAUAAUGAUCAGCGCCCCUGACGUGGUGGCCUUCACCAAAAAGGAUGAGUACGAGGAGGAGCCUUACAAUGAGCCGGCUCUGCCUGAAGAGUACUCAGUGCCGCUCUUCCCCUUCGCAAGCCAAGGAGCUAACCCAUGGUCUAAACUGUCCGGAGCCAAGUUCUCUCGUGACUUCAUCCUUAUUUCCGAGUUCUCAGAGCAGGUGGGACCCCAACCCUUGCUGACCAUCCCCAAUGACACCAAAGUUUUCGGUACUUUUGAUCUCAAUUACUUUUCUUUGCGGAUCAUGUCUGUGGAUUACCAGGCUUCCUUCGUGGGCCAUCCCCCUGGUUCUGCCUAUCCUAAGCUGAACUUUGUGGAGGAUUCCAAAGUGGUACUGGGAGACUCCAAAGAGGGAGCCUUUGCUUAUGUGCACCACCUUACCCUAUACGAUCUGGAGGCCCGUGGCUUUGUGAGGCCCUUUUGCAUGGCUUAUAUCUCAGCAGACCAGCACAAAAUCAUGCAGCAGUUCCAGGAGCUUUCAGCUGAAUUUUCCAAAGCUUCCGAGUACUUGAAGACAGGCAACAGGAAGGCCUUCGCUGUGGAACUUGAAAAAAAACUGAAAGACUUGGAUUACACCAGGACCGUGCUGCACACUGAAACGGAGAUCCAAAAGAAAGCCAAUGACAAAGGCUUUUACUCAUCUCAAGCAAUCGAGAAAGCCAAUGAAUUGGCUAGUGUAGAGAAGUCUAUCAUCGAACAUCAAGAUCUGCUGAAGCAGAUCCGAUCAUACCCUCACCGGAAGUUGAAGGGGUCUGAUGUGUGUUCUGGGGAGAUGGAGCAUACUCAGGAUCAGCCUGACCAGGCAGCCACUACAUCUAACCCUGAUGAGUGUGCUGACACAGACCUUUACACCUGCAGACCUGCUUAUACCCCAAAACUCAUCAAAGCAAAGUCCACCAAGUGCUUUGACAAGAAAUUGAAGACCUUGGAAGAGCUCUGUGACACUGAAUAUUUCACCAAGACUCUGGCACAGCUCAGCCACAUUGAGCACAUCUUCAGAGGAGACCUGUGUUAUCUCCUGACUAGCCAGAUUGACAGAACACUACUAAAGCAACAGAGCAUAACGAACUUCCUCUUUGAAGACUUUGUGGAUGUCUAUGACAGGGUGGUAGACACACAAGAAAGCAUACCCUCUAAGCCCACUCAAGACAGGCCGCCUUCCAGAACUCUACAAGAAUGCCCAGUUCCUCAAGUGUUAAUUAGUGUUGGCUCUUACAAGUCUAGUGUGGAGUCUGUGCUGAUCAAGAUGGAGCAGGAACUUGGAGAUGAGGACUACAAGGAAGUGGAGACGACACAGUUGAACAGUUUUGACCCCCAGGAAAACUUGGACUACCUGGAUAUGGAUAUGAAAGGCAGUAUCAGCAGUGGUGAAAGCAUUGAGGUUCUAGGCACAGAAAAGUCUACCUCUGUGCUGUUUAAGUCUGACAGCCAGGCUAACCUCAUGGUGCCACUGAGCCCACAGGUGAUCCGGAGCAAAGCAGUCAGCCACAGAACCAUCAGUGAGGACAGCAUUGAAGUCCUCAGCACCUGCCCCUCUGAGGCCCUCAUCCCUGAUGAGUUUAAGGCCAGCUACCCAAGUGCUAUUAAUGAAGAAGAAUCAUAUGCAGAUGAUAGUGAGGGAGCCAUCCACUUCCGGGCAAACAGCCCAGCCGAGCUGGGUGAGCCAGAGGAGGGCAGCUUAGAAAACACCUCAUCACAAGCAGACUCCUGCUGCAUUGGGAAGGAGAGUGAUAGUCUGCUGGUGCCACUCUCUACUCCAGCCCACAUACUCUCUGACGAGGAUGGAGUAGUGAGCAUCCCCCCACAGCGCUACAGGCAGAAGGACCAGGGGUUCCAUGUGGACUUUGCAGUGGAAAAUGCCAGCCCUUCUUCCCGAGACAACAGUUCUGAAGGCUUCCCUGCUUAUGAGCUGGACCCAAGCCACCUGCUGGCUAGCCGGGACAUCAGUAAGACCAGCCUGGACAACUGUUCAGACACCACCAGCUAUGUGAGCAGUGUAGCCUCCACCAGCUUGGACAGGACUCCCUCUACUCAUCUCACUGGCCCCUCUUCUGAGAGGCAUAAAAAGAGGGCUGGCCAGAAUGCCUUAAAAUUCAUCCGCCAGUACCCCUUUGCCCACCCAGCCAUCUACUCCCUACUCAGUGGGAGGACGCUUGUGGUCCUGGGGAGGACGAGGCCUAGUCAGAAGCUUGUGACAGCAUUGUCCAUCUUCGUGCCCAACUACAGCCGCUAUGCCAAACCUGUGAAGCACUGGGUCUCCUCCCCUUUGCACAUUACGGAUUUUCAGAAGUGGAAGCUAAUUGGCCUGCAGAGAGUGGCAUCCCCGGCCAGUGCCAGCACCCUCCAUGUUCUGAGCCGCUACAGCCGCUACACGAGCAUUCUGGACCUGGACAACAAAACCCUGCGCUGCCCCCUUUACAGAGGCACCCUUGUGCCCCGGCUGGCAGACCACCGCACUCAAAUCAAGAGGGGCAGCACCUACUACCUGCAUGUCCAGAGCAUGCUCACCCAGCUCUGCUCCAAGGCCUUCCUCUACACCUUCUGCCAUCACCUGCACCUGCCUGCCCACAACAAGGAGAUAGAGGAGUUGGUUGCCAGCCGGCAGGCAAGCUUUUUGAAGCUGAAUCUGGGUCUAGUGAAUGAAGAUGUCAAGGUGGUCAAGUACCUGGCUGAGCUGCUGAAACUGUACUAUAUGCAGGAGUCUCCUGGCAUCAGCCAUCCCGUGCUUAGGUUUGACUAUGUCCCCAGUUUUUUGCACAAAAUCUGAGGUCAGUCCCAGCCACUGUGACCAAGACCUGUGACUCAGGGCACAGGGAAGGGAAAGGUUGGCAUGACCAAGCUUUUUAGAUUUAUGGUGUCAUAGGUGGGAAGGAAACCAAGGUGGCAGCUGUGGUUCCCAGGAGGCUCCAGGGAACCUGCCAGUUGGACUUGGAAAGAGGGAGAGCUUGGCUUUCUCUGAAGGUGUCUGGAAGGAUAGUAACAGCUCUUAUCUCCUUGUUAAGGAGUGACCCUGGGACUGAGGACUGGUAGGCAGGGCAGAGGAAAGCCUCAGUGGGGUGGGAUGAAAGGAAGGAAGAUGAAGCCCUGGUGGGAGGAAAAUGGUGGCCACAUUCAUCUCUGCUUAACACUUGGCUAGCAAAAUCAAGUGAAGCAGCCUGUUUCACUGGAAUGAUUUGGUGGAAAAGAGGAUAACGGAACAUCCAUUGCCUCAUUCAGACUGAAGCUGACUGGUGUCCUGGAGCCCAUCAGGCCAGGAGAGGCCCAGGAUGAAUGAGGAGAAGGGAGAGAGCUCUGCCCCAGCUGUGCAGUGGGAAGUAUACACCCUCCAGGCCCCAGUGCUGCAGCAGGGGUGAGCAGCACCCUGUCCCGACCCUCACUCCCUCACCUUGGAAACUGUUCCUGCAGCUGAGCAGGAGAGAUCAUCAUAGUUACUAGUUGUCAGUGAGCACUGCUUUUGGAUGCAGAGAGCCCAGGAGACAGGCAGGGCCAAGGUGCCACGUGUACCACUGUGCAAGUGAUGAAGAACCAGCAGGUCCACUUCUUUUGGCCAGAGUGAGUUAGUGCUGUCCACUCACCCAAAGCAAAUCUUUGCAACCACUUCACUACCUCUUGCGGGUCUCACGGGCACAGUGACAGCAGACUUGUGUUCAGCUGGUUGGCAUGGGUGGGCAGUCCGGGUGGUAAUAACUCAUGGCGGGGAUUUCCUCCAGGAAUGAGGAAAGCUUUCUUGUGUGGCUGUCUUCAUGGAUCUGCUUGAGGAGGUCGCACAGGCCUGGAGUACAGGCACCUCACGGCAGCUCACCUGUCCCCACAGAGUCCCCCCACGUAUGCUCACUUCACUGCAGCUCACUUCCAUCAUCAUGAGACUCUCCGCACCUUCUCAGGAGAUGCUCCCACGUCUCUCCACCAUGACCUCCCUGAGCUUCUUACACAAUGGCCACUGAUAUGUAGAUUGGAGUGUUUAUUGCAACCCAGAAAAUUUUAUGCCUUUUUUAAAGCAGUUUUCCCCUAAGUAGGGAGAACUCUUGAUAUUACUGCUUUUUAAUUUGUCCCCAGAAAGUUGUGAUAAAACAGACUUGAGCCAGCGACAGGUGGUGCUCCUGAGCACACAUGUGCAUAUCUACUAGGGUCGUGCUCUGUGUGGCUGGGGCCCCGCUGUUGAGACCUAGUCUACCUGUCAGCUUUGUAGAACACCAUUAAAGUCAGAGACCCCUGGUGACUAAGGAGGGUUUACCUCACAUCACUCCUUUGGUCCGUUCUCUGCAGAAUGAUAGGACCUGUUGGCUCCCACCCAUCAAGUGCUGGUCAGGGUCCCAAUCCUGUCAUGGCAGGGAUUUCCUCCAGGAAGGUGGUAGGCCUUGUGUGGCUUUCUUUGUGGACAUGUGUUUUUUGCCUCUGAGGCUAUGACUGAGAACCUUCUAUGGCAAAUGGUGCUGCUCACAUCUCAUUGGUUUCCCUUGUACCUCUGUCCAUUGCACAUUCUCACACAGACAACUCUCCUAGAAUGUCUUGGCAGCUUUGAGAUGUGAAGUGCAGUGACCUGUGGAGAAGGCUGUGUGGGAAGCCUGUUUCUCUCCAUGAGCCCCUCCCUCAUGUUCCAAGAUGCUACUUUAUUUUCUAACUGUGUGGCUAAUUGCUGCCUACUUAGGCCUCCAGGGACAUGAUUUGUGACAUUUUAUGUCCAAGGGAAGAAAGUUCUGUGGAGCCCCAAUGACAAGAUGAAAAGUGGUCAUUGGCACCACCCUUGCUGUUCCUGUGUUUCACACUGAUGUGGACUCUGCAGUUAACACUUUUCACUGGGGAAACAUACUGGCAGGUCAGCCAGACCCGGCCUUCUAGAAGUGAAGGCUACACACUGCCGCAGAUGUCUGCUUUGGAUACUGUUUGCUCAGAAGCUGUACUCCAGGGGCCUGAGGACUCUUAAGGCAAGACCAGUCUGGUGUAAAGAGAACAGAUUGUCUGCAGGGCCAGCCACAGAGAAAGCAAACUGAAAGCAUCUCGCUGGAGUUGUUUUUCUUUUUUUGAACAUACAGAUACUUGAUUGCUCACCUUUCACACAAAGCACACCUGCAGCCAUUUUCCUUCAGAGUUGUUUCUUCAUGAAGAAGGCAGUUUGGCUUCACUGACUACUGGGUGAAUUCCAGGAUUAAAUUUUGAUUAAAAUCUAACUUUUCAGCGUGGCAGUUUCAAAGGAUUGCCUGAUGCCAAGUAUGUUUCUUCUCAAAGUGGCACCUGGACUGAGCCAGUUUUGGCUGAGGCAGCUGAGCCUGUGAAGCUGACCCUUCUUAACCCCUACUCCCCCCACUGUGGAGAACUAGGACCUACUAGAAGUCUCAGGUGCAUCUGUAAAUUUUGAUGGUGGGGAGCCCUAUGUAAUGGGGCUACUCUUCAAGAAUUUUCAUUUGAAGUUUUCCUCUAGUAAUAGAUUAGUAAGUGUUAAUAAAACAUUAAAAAACACUUCCCAGAAAGUAAAGGAUAUCAGUGCCCCUUAUUUCUUCAGUCCUAUGAUGGCCCAGGCACCGAAACUUUGAGGUUUCUUUACUUCCAAUUACUGGCCUACCUUCUUUUUUUGAACCAAUCCAUGUUGACAGAAGCCAACAAGGCUGGCAGUUCUGCAGUAGUGAUUCCAGGGCUCCACUUCAGAGAGCAGCUGAAGGCUCUCACAAUAUCUGUGGUGCUGAGAUGCCCAGCCUGAGUGGCUGCCUCACACCUGUCUCUCCAGCAACCUUGCUCCUUUAGUGGAGUCUUCAGACUUUAGAAAUUGUAGCUUUUCCAUAAUUGACUGUGAUAGCUGAAGUUAACACAUGCUGUACCAGAAUCUGGAAAUGGGCCAUGAUAGCUCACCUGUCAUUUCCAACCAGCUUUUAACUUUUAUUUCAGAUUAGUACAAAGUAUAAUAGAUUCCAACCCCAAAUAAAUAACAUUUCAAAUCUGAGAAAGGCCCAUAGAUUCUACCCUAAAUGCCAGGCCUGUUUGUUUCCGUGAUGCAUCUGUUGGCCAAGAGCAGUGGAGGAUCUUGCAUGUUCACUGACCACUCACUUCUGCCAGAUAACAUGCCCUGCCUCCCUGGGCCUUUUGCUGGUGACGUGUUGUCUUUGCACAGGUGGUAGCACUCAACUGGUGGGGGGCCCAUGGUAGGUGUGGAUGGCCUUUAUAGGCACUGACGCCCCUCCCCCUGCCAGGCCAGCAAUCAGAUGUUACCUCCCAUUUCCCUGGAGAGCACCUAAGAAAGUGAUUUUAGUUCAUGCUUUCGAUCAAACCACCCAGCUGCCUAGCUUUUCUCUAAUACUGUGUUAGUGAAAAAACUGGAAUCUUAUAAGUGAUAAUGGUGGUAACGGACUGCAAAAAGGAAAAAGCAUCAAGUUGUUACUGGCUAGAAGCAGAAACUGUCUCGACUGGUAAGGUUGGAGCCCACCAAGUUUUCUGGAGCCCUUUCUCUGUUGGGCACUGACCUAAUGUGGCCUUAUCUCCUGAGGUUUAGUUAUGCACAUGGAAAGGAGGAAGCAGGAGGGAUGGAAUGAGCACUUUGCAGUGAACUAGGCUGCUGGCAUGGGACCCUGGCUCCUUGGGAAUGAGUGUUCAGCUCCAACAUGGAGGCUACACAGGGUCUUAGAAUGCCCUUUUGUCUUCAUCUGGGGAGUCAAACCCUUGAAAGGAUUUUUUUUAACAGCAUAACAGCUCCCAGAUUGAGGCAUAGAUGUGGGCACUGGUGUGUCGUCACCCACACCCAGAGAGACUAGCAGCUGUCCCCACUGGGUUGGGGUAAGUGCCAAUAUAGAGGACCCUAGGCCACAGGUGCCUUCCAGGCGGACCACAGGGCUCCACCCACUGACUGCCCAAUGCUGGCUGGCUACACAAGUCGGGCUGGAGAGAAAUGCCACCUUUAAGGUUGCAGUGAAAAGCAUAGUCUGUAAGGAAAUCUUGUUAUUUUUUUGAAAAGUAUUUUAUUACUGCAUGUUUGUCCAUAUUUGUGAAUAUGAACCUGAGCUCACCACAUGAGCUGCGGUUGUCACAGUGACGAGGGUGAGAGUAUAACAGGCGUGUGUGACAGCAGCUUGUAGGUAUGGCUGCACCAGAGUAAAUGCCAAACAAAUUGUAUGAGAAGUGUACUUUUUAAGAAAUUAAUUUAUUUGAGUUAUUUUUGAAAUAUAAAAAUUGGUUGUAUUUUUUAAAGCUAUAAUUCUUGUAGACAUUCUGUGGUUAAAAAUCUGUGCUUAUUAAAAAUGGUCAUUUAUGUUUUGCACUUCAGCUUUAUGAAAAAUAAAAUUUCUUUGGGAAGGUGA